UGGGUCACCAACUGCAAAGCACAGAAACAAAAACCAGGCCGGCACGGUAUGAAUAGCAGCUCUGCCAUACUACCAUACUGUCAUGCCAGACACACAGCACAACUUUUAAGUUUGGUGUUGACGACCGUGCAGGGUUUACGAUGAUGACUUCCACGAAGGGAUCGAGCAGAAUUGGCUGUGGAUGGCUGGGGUGAGAGGUGGUUGGCUGGAGCUUGGGAUGACCAGUUUGACUUUGAGGAGGGGCAACGGACCCGGAAAAAGGCUUUUGAUGAAGCAAUCGAUUAUGGAAUAUAAAGAACUCAGGGACGAGGUAUACCAAUUCACCUCGACUAAUCACGACUCUCAUGCCACUCUCUCCUUGGAGCAGGUCGACGACAGGCAAAUCUCAGAGCCGGCGACAGUCAGAGCAACGAACAGUAUUGUGGUCUCUUCCUUCUGUGCAUCCCCAAACAGGAGCGCAGUCAGGAGUAGUCAGAGUCAUCAACAGCAUCAAAAGCCAAAAGCGUCGGUAGGUAUCAAAAGCAUCAUGGCGUCGCAUCCUUUCUGCUGGAUCCGUCCUCACUCACGUAUCCUGGCAUCUCAAUGCCAUGCCAUGCCAUGCAUCCGUUUUGCCUCUGCCUUUGCCUUGCGGCGGAGCCACAGGUAUGUAUCAGCGAUCAUGGGACCAUAUCUGAUGCUGGACCAGCACACGCCACAGCAAAAAUCGAUAGGGUCGCUCAUCUACGCCAACACUGCAUCUCUCUUCCACCCCCCCAAAGCAGACAUAAAUGCAUAAGCGCAUCAUCCACCAGGACCAGCGUCCUGCAAAUGCACUUCAAGAUCGAGCCAGCUGGCUAUAAUUGGCUCAUGGAACGCUGUUGGAUCUGCAAAGAGCUGAAGCUGAUUACCGCAUCAAGUGAGAAAUGCAUU